CAUGACUUCUAAAAAAUCAAAGGGAGAAAUAAAAGAUAUUUGCAAUGUCAAUCUAAUUAAACCCUACGACCGUAAGCGUCUAAUCAACUCUAAAGACAAAAUAGACAACGCAAUUAGUGAAUUUAGAGUAAGCCUAGAGGAAUUGUUUGCUAAAUUUCCAUCUUUGAAUAAUUGCUUAAAUUUUGAAUGUGUUGUUCAAUCCAAAGAAUUUCAAAACUAUCUGAUUAAGGCAGAACAUGUAGCUUAUAUAGACUUGAAUUUGGUACAUGAAUGUACUAGGAAAGGCUUAUUUCUUAAUUGUUAUAAUGCCUGGGUAUUCCAUACAACUUUAACUGAAAGAUUAUGCAUCAUUCCCGACAAAGAUCAACGUUACAACGUUGGUGGCCUUAGCUUUGAUGCUUCCGCCAUCUACAAUGGUAUAUUACGGUGUAAUCGUCCGUACAAUUCAAAAGGAGAUGUUAGAUUUAGUGAAAAAGAUCCAAGACUAAAAUUUUCUAUUCAAGAUAACAACUUUGACGAACGUAUUCAUUUUGCAUUAAUAAGUAAACAUGAACAUCCCAAUCCUUUACGCGUAUACAAUGCAUUAGAUUGGAAUUUAUUAGAUAGUCAACUACAAUGUCAAACUUUUGAUGCACUUGCAAAAAAAUUUGGCUAUAGUAGAUUCCGUUUCAAAUUACCUGGAGUAUUUGACGAAUAUAUGGAUGACUUUGGUGAAAACGUUGAAGAUUGUAUAAAAUAUGUUAUAGAAAGAUUACUCGAUGGAGAGUGUAACGGAGGAAAGGUUUCAGUGAACUUUGAAUUUAAUAUUAAACCAUGGGCUCUGGAUAGUAUUCGUUAUAACGCUAAUAUUGCACUUAAUAUAAAGAACGGAAAGAUUCCACGUCGUGACGUGGAUUUUGACCUAUUGUUUAGUCUAUGGUCUGAAUCUAGGGCCGAGUACAACUUUUACCGAGUAACAUCACAAGAACAACAUUUUUUGGAUCAUUUUAUUUACGACCAAAGAAUAUCGACCUAUGGAAAAAGUUCAUUUAUUUUAUUAUCUUCCUUAAGGAAUCCGAAAACAAAAGAAAUCUUAUUUGAAAAUCGCACUUGUUUGGUUGCCGUUGAUAAAAAGACAAGACGAUCAAGAGAGUUAAGUGAUGCGAUCUUGAAAACUAUCAAGGACGAGGGCGCUAAGUUUCAACCUAGCAAUCGAAUUAGUAGGCUUAAGGCUCCAUCUGACGUAUUUCAAUAUAAAACAAUAGUAUCCUGCGAGGAAGUUGAUUGGAACAUGCAUGUAAAUCAGGCUGAUUAUGCGAAACUAUGUCUCAAUUGUGCUUCGAUGGCACUCCGUAAGAAUUUUUAUACAUUUUUUAAGGAAGAUAUUGCUCAUUACCAUGCCAAGUACGUAAGAAAAUUCCAUUCAGGAGAAUGUGUAGAAGGAGAUGCUCUUCGAAUUAUUACAUGGCAGAAUACGUCCCGGCCAGAAAUAGUAUAUUUUAUAAUGUAUAAUGAUGAAUCGAACAAACAACUUUGCGAAGUAACAAUUGAGUUUUAUGCAGACUCAUUAAGCUUAUCAAAAUUGUAG